AUGCGCCCGCCGCGCCUGUCGUCGCUCGACUGGCCAGCUCUGCUCCCAUCAACCACAUUUAUAAGAACCGGGGCCCAGCACGAAGGCAUCCUUUCUGGGGGGGCGUGUUCAGACAAGGGUCGUGGUACACUGGACGUGCUGCUCUGCACCACAUAUUGCAGGUCCCAGCUGUACCUUUCCAGGCAACUUUCGCAACUACAUCCAGACCUUACGAUGCCUAUGUUCUCAGAGAUAACGGCGCGGUUUCAAACGGCUCGUACUGAAGUACGUCAGCUUCUUCUGCAAUAUCUUCUGCCGUGGCUUGUCAAUAUAGAGCUAGUGGAUCCGAAUGUGCCGCCUGCGAACCCGCUAUCAUAUAUACAGUAUUAUGCUUCGGAGGCUGGUCGUUCAGGGAGACGUGAAGGUCUCGGUUCAGUUGAAGCUACAGAGAUGGUGCUCAAUAAUCUGUUCUACAUAACAGUCAAGUUCUCUGACAAUCAUCCUAAGGAGAUUGAGGAGCUGUGGUCUACUCUAUGCGCCUGCUGGCCGAAUAACCUCAAGGUCAUUAUCAGAUAUCUCAUCAUCGUCUCCGGAAUGGCUCCCAAUGAAUUACUGCCAUACGCGAAACGCGUCGUUCUGUACCUGGCGAGAUCUCGGCCUGAACGUCUUCUUGACGAGAUGAUGACGGAACUGCAGACAGUGGAGACGCUCAACUGUCUCAUAGAAAGAACAGAGACUCCGCCCUUCUACAGGCUCACUUCUAUGAGGAAGGCUACCUCUGGACACAGCGAUGGACCCGGUACAGGGUCACAGGACGCCACAGGUCGCACCGGGGAAUUGGCCCCCGUAGAAAAAGGCACGAUACACACAAAGCGACACAGCGGAGAGGAUCCAGCUAAAGUAUCCAGUUCGAAAGAUCUUCCACGUGGCGACAAGCGUGCAUCAGCUCCGCCGUGCGUUACUCCGCCCGCUGAAGAGGAACAGGCACCAGCCAGCGAUGGAGACGCAACACCGACCGGUUUGUGCGUUGAGAGUGCAUUGACCUCAACCCCUGGAACACCUCAGGAGAGGGUACACCCUCAGCCUAGACCGCUGCCGAUGCCAGAAUAUGGAGGGUUCUUCGCCCUCCUCACUGAAUACUUGCCAGAUACUAAUCAACCCGUAUCUGGAUUCCAUCGUUGCAACGUAGCCGUGAUGCUGUUGUGUGAUGUUGUGUUGGACGGUGUGGAUUUGGAUUGGUCGAUCCACGUACCGCUCAUGAUGCAUAUCGUCUUCCUUGGGAUGGAUCACAACAGAUGGAUAGUCCACCAGCAUUGUCGCCAGUUGCUGUUGAACCUAUUAGUGGCUGUAGCGGCUCAUCACGAUCACCUGACAGUAGCCAGGGUGCUGCUGGCCGCACGAUCGGCACAGCUCGGCCUCGGCCUGCCGCCGCCGCCGCUGCCGUUAGUGCUGCACAACUUCACAGAGCCCGAGAGUACGUUGGACAGUUCCCAGCAAUGUCCACACUCGCCACGGCCCCAUGUGCGAUCGCUGUCCUCCGACCCGCAAGUAACACCGGAAGGUGAAUCUGACAACUACCCAUCGCUUCCGGUCAUAGUGACGGGUGAAACGGAACCGGAAGCGGAACCGGAGCCAGCACCAGCCGAGCUUCCGGUGGCUGACGCCAUCAAGUCUCUGGUCCACUACCUCGCGAGUCGCCCCACACACCUGCCACUAUGGCAGUACGAAGAUAUCACAGCUAAAGUGUGGUCUCUCCGUAGCUGUAGCCAGAUGUCGUCACUAGUCCGUCACGUGCUCCGUAUAUUUCGCGAGUCUCUACCACACGCCCUCAUCUCGGAGCGAUGGGCCCAAACAGCGUUACAGCUGGGCCUCUCCUGCCCUUCAAGACAUUAUGCUGGAAGAUCCCUCCAGGUGUUUCGUUUCAUCGGUGUCGCGAUGACCGGUCGCAUGGUGUCAGACAUUCUAUCACGUCUGGUGGAAACUGUGGCUGAACAGGGUGAGGAUAUGCAGGGAUAUGUGACGGAACUGCUCCUUACUCUGGAAGCCGCUGUUGACUCGCUGGAAUCGAACUUCAGACCUCUAGAUUAUAUGAGGGACAUCUUCAAAUCGACGCCCAACUUGAAUAAUAAGGAUGGCGGACAGCAACCUAAUGGAAACGCAUUCGCUGCUGGCAAACGUUCGCCAGGAGUGUGUGUUGGUUGCGUCAGUAAUCACACUCGCAGCACUAGUUAUUCGGUGUCGUAUUGCGUUAGGAAGAACGCACCACCAUCUGCCGAGAAACAAACUCACGAGACCCGCCCCAGACCCUGUGAGGCAAGCAAAGGCACGUGCAGCAACUUGUGUCGCUCAAGAUCAGCUCAGUCGCUUAAACUUCUUGGAGAUACCGCGACACAGGACGACAAGCUAACUAUCCUCGCGACUCUAUUCUGGGUGGGCGCGUCUUUAUUGGAAUCUGAUUAUGAACACGAGUUCCUCCUCGGCGUGAGGCUGUUAUCCCGGGUCAUGGCUCGACUCCCUCUCGAUAGACCUGACGCCAGAGAAAGAUUGGACCGAACGCAAGCACACGGAACACAUUCACCUGCAUCACUACACUCGCUGCUCCUAAAGGGCUUCACUCAUCCAAAUACGUACGAACCGGUGGUAGGGGUUUUGGUGGACAUGAUCCCACUGCUGGAACUACCAGUAAUUGAUCCCACGCAAUCACUCGCCUUCCCGAUGACAGUAGUGGCAUUAUUACCGUACAUGUUACUACACUACGAAGAAGCGAACGAGCUAUGCGUACGCGCAGCAUGCCAUAUAGCACAGUUCACGUCUGAAAAGAGCAAGAAAUUGGAGAAUCUUGGUACGGUGAUGACGUUGUAUUCGCGAAGGACGUUCAGCAAGGAAAGCUUCCAAUGGACCAAGUGUGUGGUGAAAUACCUCUGGGAUACGUACUCACAUCUCUCGCUGCAGAUGCUGGCAUUCCUCGUAGAGGUUUUAGAGAAGGGCGCCCCAAGUCUUCAAUUACCGGUGUUGUCAACUCUCCACUGUAUGCUGUACUACGUAGAGCUGGGACCUCAGCCAGUUCACGCUGACCUAUUGCGGGCCGUGGCUAAAUUCAUUGACCAAGACGGCAACAAUUACAAGGAGGCGAUGAAGAUUUUGAAGCUAGUGGUGACUCGCUGCUCGACGUUAGUUGUACCACCUCAUUGGGACCACGCGAGCGUCCUUGACGCUGACCUUCACGGGAAGAAGGAACUGCCCGGUCGGACAAUGGAUUUCACCUUCGACUUAUCCCAAACUCCUGUAAUCGGUCGUAAAUAUCUGCCCAAGACUGGCAGCCAGCCAGCCACUGGACCAAGCUCUCUCUCCAACGCAUCUAACACUACACCAGAUAAAGCUGGUUCUUCAUCCGGUUCAGCAUCGACGGUUGUAGGGGCGGAGUCAACCACCGCUCAUUGCGUCGCCUCACCACGAAGAUCUCUAUCACUAUCACCAGCCGACGCGCUAGCAUCAGGCUGGAAAAGGCCAUGGAUGUCGCAGGGUCGUGUCCGAGAAUGCCUCGUGAACCUACUGACUACCUGCGGCCAGAGAGUCGGCCUACCCAAGAGUCCAUCUGACGAUUUAAUUACCACUUUAUGUUCUAAGGUGAUAUUCAGCCAAAGUUCUGAGCUGUUGGAACGGGAGUCUUCUAUGGCGUCUUCUUUGGAGGAAGUUUCCGGAACUCCAGGGAAUGAGCCUUCAGCCGGCGCGCCCCCUACCGACCACUUCGGAGUAUUCAAAGACUUUGACUUCCUCGAAUACGAGAGCGAGAGCAUCGAGGGCGAGAGUUCGGACAACUUCAACUGGGGCGUACGUCGUCGCCUCUUGAGUGAGGAGCGCGAAGGGAUUCCAGAGCGUAGCCCACCACCCCAGCGUGGCAGACCCGACCACGACCACCACCACCACGCUAAACAGUUGGGUCACGAGGAUUCAUCAGAUGAGGAGGUCGGCUGGGAUGAAGGAGGUCGCGGGGAGGUCGGGGAGGCGGGGGAGGGGGACGCGGCUCACGAACUGGCGCUAAGGACGAGGGCACACUCACUGUCGAGUGCAUCUAGUGGGGAUCCUGAUGGGGAGAGAGGGGACGUGACCCCUGUGCCGGGAGUCGUGGGCAACGUGAGCGUGUCGAGCGCCGUGGGCGUCGGCGUGGGCGUUAGGGACUCGUGGCGGUGUUCCGUGGCAGCAUUACUCCGCCACGCUACCCACCUGCCGCCGAUAACGCUCGUUCAUAGAUUGCAUACCGUGCUUAAGGAAGUCAUGUCGAAGACUAUUUCCGUUUGCGGCGAAGGGUCAUUGGUGGGUGGUGGGGGUGAGUUAGCGGCUGUAUUAGAACGCCUAUCACUAGAAGAGCCUCCCUUACUAUGGGCCGGGCCCGCGGCCGCAGAUUGUUCCCGAGUAAGGGAUGCGGUUCGAUACGCAGCCCUGGAGAUAAACGAACAUCUAGAAACGUACUUCGAUAGGAGAGAAAAUGCGUUAGAGACAUUGGAGUUAUCAAGAAGCGCCGAGGAGACGGGUCGCUGUUUAUACAAGUUGAUAUUCCAACUACUGCUUCUGUUGGAAACGAACAAUAAGAUGGUGGUAGCUGUGUACCACGCGGCCUUGGACAAUAGGGGCGUUGAGAUGAGUUCAUCUGUGUCAUCUGUGAGGGCUGCAUUAACAGCACACGCGGCGGAGGCCUGGGGCUCCAACUCACCGGCGCCCCACGACGACGCCGUACUACUGCAUAUGAUGCAACGACAAAGAUGGGGCGCAGCCCUAGCGAUGGUGAGGGAACGUAACGCCGAGCGUAUCUUGGAGCGAGGCGAGCUGCCCGAGGACGACGUGACCAGCCUGCUGCACGUGUACUGUAGAGGACUGGCGCAGGCGCACCCAGACAUGGUGGCCAUCACACGUCCGGUCAAUGAACUCUCCCAAAACCUGUCCUUCAUGAUGGAGAGCCUCUACAAGGUGUCCGUGUCGCUGCAGAGGCAGGAGUACGGCUGA